AUGAGACCUGCCACUGUUGCGGAUGUGCCUCUCAUUCUUGGUUUCAUAAAAAAACUUGCCGAAUAUGAAAAGCUUUCUGAUGAUGUGGUUGCUACAGAGGAUAUCCUACGUGAAAGUCUAUUUGGAUCCAAACCCUAUGCAGAAGUUAUUCUUGCCUAUGCUGCAAAAAACUCAACCGAUAACGAAAAAAUUCCAGCAGGCAUGGCUUUGUAUUUUCACAAUUUUUCUACUUUUAUGGGACGCCCUGGUCUCUAUUUAGAGGACUUGUUCGUGGAUCCUGAGUUUCGUGGUAGAGGGAUCGGCAAAAAGCUAUUGAUUCAGUUGGCAACAAUUGCAAAGGAAAGACAAUGUGCAAGAUUCGAAUGGGUCUGCUUAGAUUGGAAUAAAACUUCAAGAGAAUUUUACGAAGCGUUAGGUGCGAAACCCUUGAGUGAAUGGAUCAUUCAUCGUGUAGAUGGAAAAUCACUCGACUAUUUAGCUGCUAUGUAA